AUGGAGAGCAUGGCCAGCCUGGAGCAGAAACUCACAGGGGACGUAGCAGGCCUGAAAAAGAACAUAGGGCGAGUGGCUGAGGUGGUAAACGUCGACAUCACACCUAGCCACACACAUGACCACCCAUUUACUGAAGAGAUAAUGGCGCCACCUCUCCCCGACAAAUACAGGUCGCUGUCGAUCCCACCAUAUGAUGGUCGAGGGGAUCCCGACGAUCAUUUAGAAAUGUAUACGGGGCACAUGCUCUUACAUGGGUAUGCCGAGGAAAUUAUGUGCCGAGCCUUCCAGAACCAUUUAACGGACUCUGCCCGAAGAUGGUUUCGGAAGCUGAGGCCAAAUUCUAUCUCAAGCUGGGAUGAGUUGAAGGAAGCAUUUUCCCUCCAAUUCAUAGGAGUUAAGAAAUAUGUCCCACCAAAGCAGAACCUGAUGACGAUAUACCAAAAGCCGAAUGAGUCAUUGAGAGAAUGGCUUGCAAGGUAUGGGGAAGCUGUCGCCGCCACGAUGGAUAUAACUGACAGAGAGGCCUUGAUGGGGGCAUUAUCUAGCAUGAAGAAAAUUACCCCCUUCAAAAGAGAGCUGAACCGAAAGCCCCCGUCCAGCUACAAGGAAUUUCUUGCGCGAGCGCAAGGAUACAUCAACGCCGAGGAGGCAGACGCGAACGACCCCGACCAAAGGUCCAACAAGAAUAAAGGGACCGAACAAGGGUCGAAGCCAGCAAAGCAGGAUGGGAAGAAGCGUCGAGGUGGAGGAAGCGGAGACAAGCAGCCAGCUGCGACGUCGAGUGCUCCAGAAGCCAAUAAGCCAAGGCAAGAGGAGAACCGUAAGCCUCAGCUAUUUCAAAGGUACGAUUCCUACCACGAACUGACAGUAAGAGUCGAGGAGGUCUUCAAUCAGGUCAGCCGCGGAAAUCUACUGUGCCGCCCAGAACCGAUGAGGACAGAUCCCAGCCGAAGGAACCAGAAGAAAUUCUGCAGGUUCCACGGCGAUGUCAGCCACCACACCAACGAUUGCGCCGACCUUAAGGAUGAAAUCGAGAGAGUAAUCCGCGAGGGAAGGCUACAGGAGUUCAAAACAGAACGGAGACCUCAAAACGAUGGCCACGGUGGGCAAAAUGACGGUCGACGCCGAGAGGAGAACCAACAUCCCAAGGACCGAGAACCUGUCGGCAAGGUCCGAGAUCCUGUCGGCGUCAUACGAACUGUCCUCGGCGGCCCCUAUAUAGGAGGAGACUUAAGGAGAUCCUAG